AUGGGUAAGGGAUUCAAAUUGAAGGAGCUUUUAUCCCACCAAAAGGAGAUUGCCAAAUUGGACAAAAAGGCAGAGGCCAAAAAUGCUCAAAAGAAGAUGAAAGACGAGCCUAUUGUUGUCGGCCAUGAAGACGUUAAGAAAGCGAGCGCAGUUGCCGCAGAUGCUCCAAACGACCAAGUGGAAGAAGAUGACUAUAAGAGCGAGACACUUUCUAGAAAAGAACGCAGGAAAUUGAAGAAGUUGGAGAAGAAAAUGCUAUCUCAAGACCCUAGCGAUGCCGAGGACGACGAGGCGGAGUCUGACACCGGCAAAAAGUUGGAUCUGGAAAAACUGGAAAUGAGCGAGUCAGAAGACGAGGGUGACGAGGAGGCCGAAGAAGGUGACGAAAAGGAUGAGGAUAACUCUCAGCAAGGCGAAGCUGAAGAAGAAGAAGACGUCGCACUCUCCGACGUGGAAUUCGAUUCAGACGCUGAUGUUGUUCCUCACCAGAAACUCACCAUCAACAAUGCCAAGGCCAUCAACCACUCCUUAGAACGCAUCCAAUUGCCCUGGAAGAAGCAUUCUUUCCAGGAACAUCAAUCCAUCACCUCAGAAAACACCACUGACGAAGGAAUCAAGGACAUUUACGACGACACGGAACGUGAAUUGGCAUUCUACAAACAAUCCCUAGACGCUGUGCUGCGGGCCAAGCGGGAAUUACAAAGCUUGAAAGUUCCUUUUAAAAGGCCCCUGGAUUAUUUUGCCGAGAUGGUCAAGAGCGACGAACAUAUGGACAAGCUGAAGACGAAGCUUGUCAGCGAAGCCAGCGAUCGUAAGGCCCGUGAAGAUGCUCGUAAACAAAGACAGCUCAAGAAAUUCGGAAAGCAGGUUCAAGUGGCUACGCUGCAAAGCCGUCAAAAGGAGAAGAAAGAAACUUUGGACCGUAUCAAAUCUCUCAAGCAAAAGCGUAAGCACAAUGAAAUUGACGACGCCGCCUUUGAUGUGGGAGUCGAAGAAGCAACGUCAGAGAAGCCUGAAAAAAGGCACAAGCCAAAUGGUAAGAGACUGGCUAAGGACGCUAAGUAUGGUCAAGGUGGGAUGAAGCGUUUCAAGCGCAAGAAUGAUGCCAACUCGUCGUCUGAUGUCUCUGGGUUCUCCUCCAAUAAGAUGAAGGGUAAGUCAUCUCGUCCCGGGAAGAGCAGACGCGCUAAACGCUUCUAA